AUGCAUUGGGAGCCAGCUUUGGAAUGUGAUUCUUCUAAGCCCCUCCAUCUGCUUUUCCCUGUGCUGGAGCAGCUUGUUUACAAGUAUAAGUUAGAAGCAAGAUCUACUGAAUGGAAUUUCAACAUGUCUCAUCUGUCCAAGCUGCAACUCCUUGAGGUGCACAACCUGCCUGAAGUACCUUACGGUUCCUCUGCACCAGAGAUGCAGUCCCUCUUCAUGGAUCUGCCCCAGGUGGAGGCCCUGAGAAUGGUGAACAGCAACAUCAGGUACAUCUCAGCAAAGUUCUUCAGAAGAAAGUGCAAACUCAAGCAACUCGUGCUAGAGAAGAAGGCCUUCCUGGAACUUGACAGUGACAUUCAGGAUCAAAUACUGGGACAAAUGCCUCUCCGCUACUUGCAUUUUUCCAGUGUCACCUUCAGGUGUGACUGUUCAAGUGCCUGGCUCAUUGACUGGGCCAUCAGAAGGAAAGAGAUUUAUGUAUUUGGGCUGGAGCAUGCAGACUGUCUGGAUGUCCAAAGGAGAGAAAAGAAAGGCAACUAUCUGUCUUUCAUAGAGCAGAACUGUAGUCAGGAUGUUGGCUUCCUCCUUUUUGUUUCAACCUCCUCGGUGCUGUUCCUCCUUAUUUCACUCCCUAUCCUGAAAGCCACUUGCGGCUCAGAGCUUCUUUUCCUGAUCUACAUCCUGAGAGCAUGGUGGCAUGGACUGUUGAAUAACAGAAAAGGCCAGAGGUUUGAGUAUGAUGCUUUUGUGUCCUACAGCAGUCAGGACCAGGAGUGGGUGUUGCAGCACUUGGUGCCCAAUCUGGAGCAGAAGGGACCCCCCUUCCUGAAGCUCUGUCUCCACAACCGGGACUUUGUGGUGGGCAAGGCCAUUGUGGACAAUAUCAUGGAGAGUCUUUACAGCAGCUACAAGACCAUCUGUGUUAUCAGCCACCAUGCCCUCAACAGCUCCUGGUGUUCUCUGGAGAUGACCCUGGCCACAUACCGUCUUGUGGCUGAGCAAGAGGAUACGUUGAUCCUGUUGUUCAUGGAGCACAUCUCCAGAUACCGUCUCUCAGCCUAUCAUCAUCUGGCAAAGCUGGUGAAGAGGAAGGCAUAUCUAGACUGGCCUCAGGAGCCAGCUGCCCAGGCUGCCUUUUGGGAUAGGUUGAGGAAGAUACUGAAGCAACACUGUGGUGGGGAGGAACCAAAGCUUUAA